AAGAAAAUAAGCAGUAGCUCAUCAAGGAGGACCAAGUUUCUGAGAGAAAGAUUAGUAUUGGAUGCAUGAAGAAAUGAAAAUGGCAAUCAGAGCUGGUUUAUUUCUUCUCAAUAGUGAUCGGAAAACCAUCAUGAACGUUAUCUUAGUUGUGAUAUUGGUUCUCUGCAAUAUUGUAAUAUUAGUCCAAGUCGAGGCGCUUACAACUCGUCUUCCUGCUUCUGAAGUGGCUGCCCUAAAAGAAAUUGCUGCAGAGAUUGGAAAAACAGACUGGGACUUCGACGUGGACCCGUGCCUGAAUGACUCAACCCACACAAGCUGGGCUACCCCAAAGCCUGCUGACAGGCCUCAAUUCAACAACACUCUCACUUGCAACUGCUCCUUUCCUGAUGGCUCAUGUCACGUCAUUAACAUUAUUCUCCUAGGGCAAGAUCUUGCUGGUGCUCUUCCUCCGUCUAUUGCAAAAUUACCCUACCUUACACUAAUCGAUUUCACGAGGAACUUUCUUAGUGGUAAUAUACCGAGUGAAUGGGGCUCUACAAAGCUGGAAUAUAUGUCCUUCAAUGUGAACAACUUAACUGGACCAAUCCCUGCCUUCCUAGGAAACAUUACCACUCUAAGAUACUUGAACCUAGAGACUAACAUGUUCAAUGGAACUGUUCCUCCGGAGCUUGGGAAUUUGGUUAACUUGCAGAAUCUCAUUAUCAGCACAAACAAUCUCACAGGAGUUUUGCCAGUGAAUCUCACUAGACUGAGCAAAUUAGCAGAACUGAGGAUUAGCAGUAACAACUUCACUGGAAAGAUUCCGGAUUAUUUCCAGAGUUGGAAUCAACUUACACAAUUAGAGAUGCAAGCCAGUGGUUUACAAGGUCCUAUUCCAUCUAACAUUUCUGUCUUGAGGAAUUUAACAGAACUAAGGAUCAGUGACUUAAAUGGAGAAGGUUCAGUGUUUCCAAACUUAAGUAAUAUGACAAGCUUGCAAAGAUUAAUGUUGAGGAGCUGUAAUUUAUCUGGGCCUAUUCCUGAUUAUUUAUCAGCAAUGACAGUAUUGAAUAUCUUAGAUCUCAGUUUCAACAAAUUGGAAGGAAGCGUUCCUAAUCUUGAAGAACUCACUGAGACGAAAUUGCAGUACUUGUAUUUGACAAGCAACUUGCUCAAUGGCUCUAUUCCAGACUGGAUCAAAACCAAAGAUAACCGCUACCAGAUAGAUGUUUCUUACAAUAAUUUUUCACAGAGCUCUGAGCCAACUUCGUGUACUGACUACGUGAACGUAUUCAAAAGUGCUGCUGUUCCAAAAAACAACUCUUUAUCUGGAGGAUGCCUGGACAAAUAUCCAUGUACAGAAGUUCAGUACUCAUUGCAUAUAAACUGUGGUGGUAAAACAACCACCAUUGGGGACGUCACAUUUGAAGAUGAUACAGCUGUAGGAGGUGGAGCAAACUUUAAUCCUCAGAGAUCAAAUUGGGGAGUCAGUAGCAGUGGAUUUUUCUGGGAUACUGAUCUCUCCGCUGACGACUACAUAGCCAACAAUGUAUCGACACUUGAAAUGGAAAGCUCUCAGUUGUACACGAAUGCACGCCUUACUCCUCUUUCUCUCACAUAUUAUGCAAACUGCUUGGGAGAAGGAAACUAUACAGUGAAACUUCACUUUGCGGAGAUAAUAAUCCGAGGGAAUAAAUCUUAUCAAAGUGUUGGAAGGCGGAUAUUUGAUGUCUAUAUUCAGGAGAGACUUGUAUUGAAGGAUUUUGACAUCGUAAAGGAAGCAUCAGGAGUUGAUAAGGUAAUCAUCAUCAACACAACUGCAGUUCAAGUCACAAACAAAACACUAGAGAUUCGGUUUCAUUGGUCAGGGAAAGGCACAACAGCAUCCCCCAUGCGAGGAGUCUAUGGUCCCCUUAUAUCAGCCAUUUCGAUAGAGCCUGAGUUCAAGAUUCCUAAAACUCACGAUAGCAAAAGAAAGACGCACAUUGUGGUUGGAGUUUCAGUUGGAGCUUCAGUCUUGUGCCUCUUCUUGCUCAUUUUUGGCAUUAUUUGGUGGAAAGGCUGCCUGGUGGAUAGCGAGAAAUCAAGGGAAGAAGCUCUGAGAGGACUGGAUCUGCAGACUGGCUUUUUCACCUUGAGGCAAAUUAAAGCUGCCACUAAUAACUUUGAUCCGUCAAACAAAAUUGGGGAAGGUGGUUUUGGUUGUGUCUACAAGGGAAUAUUGUUGGAUGGCACUGCAAUUGCAGUUAAGCAACUAUCUUCAAAGUCGAAGCAAGGAAACCGUGAGUUUGUCAAUGAAAUAGGCAUGAUAUCUGGUUUACAACAUCCAAAUGUGGUUAGGUUAUACGGUUGCUGUAUUGAAGGGAAUCAGUUACUGUUGGUAUACGAAUUCAUGGAGAAUAACAGCCUUGCACAUUCUUUGUUUGAAGAAGAGAAAGGCUUUCUAAAUCUGGACUGGCCUACAAGACAAAAAGUAUGCCUAGGCAUAGCAAGGGGUUUGGCUUUCUUGCAUGAGGAGUCGACAUUGAAGGUUGUACACAGAGACAUCAAAACAACAAAUGUAUUACUGGACAGAGACCUGAAUGCUAAAAUUUCAGACUUUGGUUUAGCCAAGCUUGAUGAAGAAGAGAACACACAUAUCAGCACAAGAAUUGCUGGAACAAUUGGAUAUAUGGCGCCAGAAUAUGCACUCUGGGGUUGUUUGACUUAUAAAGCAGAUGUCUACAGUUUUGGUGUAGUGGCAUUAGAAAUUGUUGCUGGAAAGAACAACAUGAAGUUUCGACCAAGCGAUGAUUUUGUAUGCCUUGUGGAUUGGGCCCUUGUCUUACAACAAAAUGGGAAACUAAAAGAGCUGGUGGAUAAGAGGCUCGGGUCAGAUUUCAACACAGAACAGGCCAUUAGAAUGGCUAAAGUGGCUUUGUUAUGCACCAAUUCAGCACCAUCACUUCGGCCUACCAUGUCUGUAGUAGUGAGCAUGCUAGAAGGACGGACCGCCAUGCCUGAGUUGCUUAUGGAUCCCGGCAUAUAUGCUGAUAAAACGAGGAUGUCAGCCUUGAGAGACCAGUUUGAUCAAUUAGUACAGGACAACUCAAUGCGAUCUCAAUCAAGCUAUACUGAAUCUCAGAGCCUCAAUCAAUUUUCAGAUGUACCAUGGACUGGCUCUUCAACUACUACUACAUCUUCGGAUCUCUACAAACAAGAUCUCAGUAGUCAGAAACCCAUCUUCUUCAGCUGUGUUGCUGUUCUUGUGGUGCUUAUCUGCAUUGGACCCAUCAAAUCUCAGGUACAGUCUGGGACUCUUGCAGCUGAUGAAGUGGACGCCCUUCGUGAAAUAGCUGAACAACUGAAUAAGAAGGAUUGGAAUUUCAGUGACCCAUGUAGCAAUGUUUCAACUAUUUCGACCCCACAUACUAGUCAGUACAACAAUACUCUGGGCUGCAAUUGCUCAUUCUCCGGCAAUACAUGCCACAUUGAAAGCAUUUAUCUUAUGGGUCAGGAUCUAGAUGGUGUUCUUCCAGCAUCCCUGGCUAAGCUACCUUAUCUUAAGCAAGUUAAUCUGGGUCAGAAUGAUCUCAGCGGUUCUAUUCCACGUGAAUGGGCUUCUACCAAGUUGGAAUUUCUGGUUCUCAGCGUGAACAACUUAUCUGGACCUAUCCCUGGCUAUUUGGGAAACAUAACAACUCUCCAAGCUCUAGCCUUGGAAAGCAACUUCUUUUCUGGACCUAUUCCUUCAGACCUGGGAAAACUGAUUAACAUGAAGCAACUCCAUCUUCGCGCUAACAAUCUCACUGGAGAGUUGCCUGCCUCUCUCACUAAUCUGACCAAAUUAACACAUCUCCUGAUAGGUAGUAACAACUUCACUGGAAGUAUACCCAACUACUUUACAAGUUGGAAAGACCUCAUAAGCUUAGAGAUGCAAGCGAGUGGUCUUGAAGGUCCCCUUCCAUCUAGUCUCUCUUUCUUGAAGAAUUUGACAGACCUGAGAAUUGGUGACUUAAGUGGUGGGAGUUCAGAGUUUCCAAACUUAUCAAACAUGACAAACAUGCAGAAACUGAUGUUAAGGAGCUGCAAUAUAACAGGAGAAAUCCCUGAAUAUAUAUCUACCAUGACAAAUCUGGCUGUUUUAGAUCUAAGCUUCAACAGAUUGAAAGGGGCCGUUCCGAAUUUUGCUAAUAUAAUGCAGUUGUCAACAAUAUAUUUGACAAGUAACUUGCUUACUGGGCUUCCCGACUGGAUCAAAAGUAGAGACACUCGCUACAAUAUAGAUGUCUCCUACAAUAACUUCUCUCAGAGCUCUGUCCCAACUGUUUGUCGAGGAACUUUCAAUUGGUUCAGAGGUAUUUCACAACAGAACAACUCAAUGCUAAGCAAUUGCCUAAACUCAUGUUCAAAAGAUAAGUACUCAUUGCAUAUAAACUGUGGUGGAAAACCAACCACUUUCGGAAGCGUCAAGUAUGAAGGAGAUGAAGCCUCAGGAGGUGCAGCAACAUUUUUUCAGGCCACACCCCCUCAUUGGGGGUUUAGUAGCACCGGUGAUUUCGUUGAUAAUUGGAGUAGUGACAGCGAUUAUAUUGCAACUAAUGUUUCCAUACUCAAAAUGAACAACUCCGAGUUGUACACAACUGCACGACUUUCUCCUCUUUCUCUCACCUACUAUGCCCGUUGCUUAGCAAAUGGAAAUUACACUGUGAAACUACACUUCGCAGAGAUAGUUCUCAGAGACAACAGAUCUUAUUACGGUCUUGGAAGACGAAUGUUUGAUGUUUAUAUUCAGGACAAAUUGGUAUUGAAGGAUUUCAAUAUUAAGGAGGAAGCACUAGGAGUUGAUAAGGAAGUGAUCAAGGUAUUUAAAGCAGUUGUUAAUUUGAAGACUCUAGAGAUCCGCUUCCAGUGGGCUGGGAGGGGGACAACUAACGUUCCUCUAAGAGGAAAAUAUGGUUCUCUUAUAUCAGCCAUCUCUGUGCAGUCUGAUUUUGAACCUCCUGAUGAUAGCAAAACGAAGAUUUACAUUGUGGUUGGAGUUGUUUCAGCUUUAUGCCUAAUCUUCUUGAUUUUUGGUAUUCUUUGGUUAAGAGGCUGCUUUGGACGCAAGAAAACCAGGGAAGAAGAACUGAGAGGAUUGGAUCUGCAAACUGGUUUCUUUAGAUUCAAACAAAUUAAAGCUGCGACCAACAACUUUAGUGCUGCAAACAAACUCGGGGAAGGUGGCUUUGGAGCUGUUUACAAGGGUGAAUUAUUGGAUGGUAGCUUUAUUGCCGUUAAACAACUUUCUUCAAGAUCAAAGCAGGGAAAUCGUGAAUUCGUGAAUGAAAUAGGCAUGAUGUCUGCAUUACAACACCCAAAUCUUGUUAAACUUUAUGGAUGUUGCACGGAAGGAAAUCAAUUAUUAUUGGUAUAUGAAUACAUGGAGAAUAAUAGCCUUUCGCAUAAUUUAUUUGGUUCCGAGGAAGCCGUGCGGAAAUUGAACUGGCCGACAAGGCAGAAAAUAUGUGUUGGUAUUGCAAGGGGUCUUGCGUUCCUGCAUGAUGGAACCUUGAAAAUCGUUCAUAGAGAUAUCAAACCAACCAACAUAUUGCUCGAUAGUAACCUUAAUGCUAAGAUAGCUGACUUUGGUUUGGCUAAGCUGGACGAAGAGGAGCAUACCCAUAUCAGCACCAGAGUUGCUGGAACUAUAGGAUACAUGGCUCCAGAGUAUGCUUUAUGGGGCUAUUUAACCGAAAAGGCAGAUGUCUACAGUUUUGGGGUUGUAGCACUGGAACUGGUAUCAGGGAAAAACAACAUCAAAUAUCGGCCAAACGAAAAUUUUGUAUGCCUUCUAGAUUGGGCCCUUGUUUUACAACAAAAAGGAAAUCUAAUGGAGCUGGUGGAUCCAAAGUUGGGUUCUGGGUUCAAAAAGGAAGAGGCACUGAGAAUGAUAAAGGUAGCUCUACUAUGCGCGAAUGCAUCACCGGCUUUAAGGCCCACAAUGUCUGAAGUAGUGAGCAUGCUUGAAGGCCGAACUGCUGUUCAUGAAGUGACAGUAAAUCCGAGUAUUUAUGAUGAUGAGAUGAGAUUCAAAGCGUUUACGGAGGACUCCGAUCCAAAUAUGCAAGAGAGCUUUGAAGAGACUCGAAGCUUCAUUCAGUCUGAUUCAAAAUGGACAGCCUCAUCCUCAUCAUCUGUCCUAAAUAUUGAUGCAGGUAAAAUUGGGACUCAGUAAUAAAAUAUUGUGCAACAUCGCCUAACCAUACAUCCACAGAAAGCACCUACUCCUACGUAGAUUGAAGUUUGACUUCACCAUACAAGCAAGUGAACCCCUGGAAAUGCACUGGAGACUGCAAGGUAUCUGAAUAUUGACUUCAAGUCUUCAACUAUGGCCAUGUUUGUAUAUUACCGUCUUUUUUUAACCACAUUCAUUUGUUUUGAUUCAUUUACUGUUUAUAGAAUGAGUCUCCUAGCUACCAGUUAUACUGCAGCUGAUGCUGCAUUUCCCCGAUGAAUUAUGUAAUUGCUUAGUUUGAAGAGGUCUAGAUAAAAUGUAAAAACUUGGAGCAAGUUUGAACCUUCUCGUCCUGGUACGUUCAUACCUCGUCCAGCCUUUUAAAUUCAAUGCUUUCAUUAGUA